AAAUGCAAUGCUGACAGACGCUGCUGUGGUGUGGUUAAGUCCCUCGGCAUUCAGAUAAGUACUUAGUUAGAAGACGUCUUUGUGCUGGCAGUAUGGUGAUGAUGAUGACGAAUGUAAGAUCAAGUGCCGAAUUUCCAUUUUAUCAGCGGCAGCAUCCUUCUCGUAGAAUGAAUACGAGUUAAUCCCGAAUUUAAUCCUUUUCCUUGCUUCCGGUUGACAGGACAGGUUCCGGUCUUUUAUUCGGGCAUAGUAGGACUUAUCAAAUGAGAAGAACCUGACCUGUAGUGAGCUCCUGAAAAGCUCGUUCGUGAAUUCCACGAAAGUGGAAUGUUUAACUUUGUAAUUUAAUUAAGUGUUGUGUCUAAUUACGAUAUACUUGGAGAGUUGUUGGGAAAACAGCGGGCAGAAUUAAGCCUUUCUAUACAUACAUACAUACAACUAUUUCUGCUUAUUUGCAACAAAUUUUAGGACACGACGGGUAGUAACAGGACGACAACCAAAUUAAAGUCGUGGUAGUCGUGACGGUACUUAGGGCGAAACGAGGAGGAGUAUUAGCCAACCAAAUUAUCGUAGUCUGACUGAGAGAGAGAAAACGAAGAAGAAAUGAAAGAAUGGAAACUUGAUACAUCUUUUCUUGCUAGAUUACACGAACCAGUGACUCAACUGACAAGGAUUCAAUUAACAGAGUUAGUAGCUUCAUCCUUAUAAAUGAGGGGACUUUCUCCUCCAAACUGACACAAGUGGCAAGUCGCUCGGCAUAUAAGUACAGAUCUCAUUUUAUAAAUUAUCGCACAGCUCAAACUUUGACAUCGGAUUGGAUCUCCAUUUUUAACUAGGUCUCAAUCUAUUUACCCGCAAAAUGACUUACUCCUCAUUUUAUAAAGAAAUUCUCCGAAAUUCUGUGUAAGCACCGAAUUUCUAAAGUUGGUCGCUUCUCUUCUCGAGAGAAUUACUUUAUCCAUGCGGGUAAACUCUUCACCCUCUUUUUUUUAUCUCGAACCGUGUGUGUAAGAACUCUCUCAUGUUAUUCUUUGAUGUGUCUCAACUGCAUUAAGAAAAGUGCAACGUAACGUUUAGGCUGCAUCCGCUUCACCACUUUUCCUUGAUUUGAUCCUGAUACAAAUGGGAACAGCAUUAUCAUCAAGGGGAAAAAUAGCGUUGGAAGAAGACAAAUGCCUCCAGAGUCUGAGACAGACCGGGAUUGAUCUAGCGCACAUUUUAGAUCUUGGUGGACAAGCAGAAGGAGAAUGUGGAGACGCAGUGGAACUUUUGAACACCCUUGAUGGUAAAAGAAGUGAAUUUAACGUUGAGGUUAAUCCUUUAAAUUAUGGAGAAUCCGUAAUUUCCAAAAGUGAAGGAAAUCGUAACUCUGACGAGAAGAGGAAGGAUAAACCACACAGGGUUAUUCGCUGCAUGGAGCUGAAAAGCAGAGAAAGUGCGAAAAAGUCCUUCUGCAGUAAGAAGACUGCUGCUUCGCGAGAAGAUUUAUUCUCCCAAGAUGCACAAUUUCAAGUAGUUUCGUCUAAUUCCUUUCCUCAUGAGACGACCGGUUUAACUUUAAAUCCAGGCCGGGAUGACGACGACCACUCUGACGACGACUUGGUCGGAACAUUAAGACGAAGACUGAAGAGGACGACAUGGCUCUCGAUUUUCUUGGGUCAGGUGCUAUCUGGAAUUCUAUGUGCUUCUGCAAUCACAAGUGUAUACCUGACAGAUACAUAUAACAUCCACGUACCCAAUGCUCAAAACUUUGCCUUCUACAUAACACUGGCUACGAUAUUCACGACGAUAUUGGCGUGUCGUCCAGCCGAGAGGAAUUUAUUCCCCGUGCUUAAAAUGCGAGGUUGGAAAUAUGCUCUGGUCGCGUUGGCCGAUGCGGAAGCCAACUUUCUCGUGGUGAAAGCCUACCGAUACACCACCCUCACCAGCGUGCAGCUCUUGGAUUGUUUUACGAUACCGACCGUGCUCUCUUUGUCGUGGCUGGUGUUACGAAUCCGCUAUAAAGUUGCUCACAUUCUCGGCGUGUCCAUCUGUCUCCUUGGGGUUUGCUGCCUCGUUUGGGCAGAUAUUGAGGAAGGUCGACCUCUCAGCCAUGGUAAAGACCGCUUCUUCGGGGAUAUGUUGUGCUUAUCUGGUGCCUUUCUGUACGGGGUCUCAAACGUGGCUCAAGAGUUUGUGGUCCAUUCCUUCGACCUGGUCGAGUUCCUCGGGAUGGUGGGUCUUUUUGGGAGUUUUGUGUCCGGAGCUCAAACGGUACUUUUGGAAUACACCGAAGUGACAACUGCUGAAUGGGGCGGAAUCACUGGAAUACCAGUCUUACUUUUAAUGGGAUUUGCUCUAGCCCAACUAGCUUUCUAUGUGUUGGCCGCAUUCGUGAUAAAGUUAGCAGGGGCCACGUCCUACAACAUCUCUAUUCUCACGGCGGACUUUUACUCCCUCAUCGUGGGAAUUUAUCUCUUCCAAUAUAAGUUCCAUGCCUUAUACUUUCUCUCCUUCGUCCUGGUGAUGAGCGGAGUGAUCGUGUUUUCCAUUAAACCAACCGUACUGGAUUCCCAUGUUUAUCGCUCAUUAACGAGAGAACACACGACCACGGUGGAUUUGGAAUUGAUGGCUGCCACUCCCCCGGCUUCAUGUCCUUCCGGUUAUCCGUUGGGGGUCGGACCUAAUGGAGGUGGUUCCCUGCUCGAUGCCUCGCCAACUUCAUCAUGUUGCGACAACAUGUCCAAUAAUCAUUGUCAUCCUCAACAGCAUCACAAUAACAUUGGGAGUGGUGGUGGUGCGGACCCAUCCUAUCUUUCCAGCCAGGGUUGCGAUGUCGUAAUGCAGACGGGGUCAUUGGGCAGGAGGAAUGAGCGGUACAAUAAUACAAGACAGAUGUAUGAAACAAACGGGACAUACCCGAUCCCCGAAGAAUCCGAUGAAGUUUGUUGACAAGAAACAGAAACAGAAGAAGUUGAGGAUGCGGAAGACCCAAGAGGAAGGAUGGGGAACAAGGCAAUUUCAACUUUGUCUGACAAUACGACGACCAGGCUCUAACUAAAAGUGAAGUUAAUGCUGUGUGUCCUUUCCUCAAAAGACAUCUGCAUCUGUCUUCUCAAUUCUCAAAUCCAAAAAGUCUCAAAUGCCAAGAAAGAAGGAGAGGAGAGGAAGGAAAAGAGAGAUUUCGAAACCAAUCCAAUUCUGGGAAAAGGCAAGCAUGGAAAAGUAAACUUACCCAGAGGGGCCACAGAUGUGAUUCCUGAGUUUGCAUACAUCCAAGAAUUUUGAAUAUUAAGAUUUGAGUUUGAAUAACACCUGGUCCUCAUCCACCUCAAGUGAUAUUCUUCUUUAGCUCCGAGGGGCAAUGGUAACUUUGUCAACGACACGAAAGAGGACGACGGAUGGACGAUCCAAUAUGAAAUUCUGUCCCAUUUUCGACAACGAAAGUCAGGAUGGAGUCAGAUCUCUCGCUUUCGCUGGCUAAGAAUUGGAAAAAGUUUCUUCCAAAUACAUUUCCUAUCGUGUACUACUUGCACAUUUAUAAGUAUCCAACUUAUUGAAAUACUCGCUACAUGUACAUGUAUUUAUAAUGUCUUCUUGAAGUUUCCUAGAAAUUUUAAAAUACUUUUAAUGUACUUUUAAUGAAUGAAUGUUUUAAGGAAAGCAAUAAAUGGAAUUUUUGAAUGUUUAUUAUCUAUCCAUACG